CUUUUUCUCUCUAUAUAUCUCAAGAGUCUUUGAGGUGUUUCUUGAUGCAAAAUUAGGGUUUCAAAAGUAAAGAAGGAUUCUAUUCUUUGCCAACAUCAAGAAACGAUAUCGGGUUCGAGUCUCUCGCCUUUUUUGCCGACUCGAAUUGCAAAAGACGAAGAACAACGACAAACCCACAAGAAGUUAGAGUUGGGUUCACAAAUCUUGUACUUGAAACCAGAAAGAAUUUGCUUUUUCUCAAUUCUUGGGUAGUCUUUAACUCUUAUGUACUCCAACUCCAUUUGGUUGUUAUAUCUUUCUUUAUUGGGAACGUAUUGAUUUUUUCUUUCCAUUUUCUUUACUUUGAGGCUACACAAGUUUCCUAAUUUGGAAAUAUUGAGCAUGAGAUCAGCCAAACAACAGAAAUGACAUGGUGUAAUGAUGAAAGCAGUAGCCUCCAAACACUCUCAACUUCAAACUCUACAGAAAAAACUAUCUUUCAAUCAAGAAAUCUCAAGAACAAGUUCACAACUUCAUGCCCUUCUUGUGGACAUACCAUACAACUUCAAGCUACGGGGUUGCUUCAAGAUUUGCCAGGGUUACCUGCCGGAGUGAAGUUCGACCCGACGGAUCAAGAAAUUCUUGAGCAUUUGAAAGCGAAAGUUGGAUGUGGUACCAAUCAACUUCAUCCCCUUAUUGAUGAUUUCAUUCCUACAAUUGAAGGUGAAACUGGAAUUUGUUAUACUCAUCCUGAGAAAUUACCCGGAGUUAGCAACGAUGGCCAGAUUCGCCAUUUCUUUCACCGUCCUUCGAAGGCGUACACCACCGGCACCAGAAAGCGAAGAAAGGUGCACAUGGACGCCGAAAGGGGUGAAACACGAUGGCACAAAACCGGCAAGACUCGGCCCGUUUUGAUCUCGGGUUCAAUCGAAGGGUUCAAGAAGAUCCUCGUGCUUUACACAAAUUAUGGCCGGCAAAAGAAACCCGAAAAAACCAAUUGGGUAAUGCACCAAUACCAUCUUGGCAACAACGAAGAGGAAAAAGAUGGCGAAAUAGUUCUCUCGAAGGUCUUCUACCAAACUCAGCCAAGAAACUGCGCCUCGGGAAUCAAGGAUUCGUCGUCAAUAGACGAGAAAACCGACAGAAACCCUAAAAUCAGGGAUACGGGAUUCGUUCAAAAUUAUAGCGUUGAUUGUCCUAAUUUUAUAUCUUAUGAUAUUGAUCAUCGGAGGCAGAUCAAUAGGGAAAUCCCGACUCGCGUUAUCCCUAGUUUUGCUUUACCCGAUGAUCCGUCGUCAUUUAUUCGUCUACCAACCGGAUCGAACAAAGAAUCAUGAGGAAGAAAUUAUUAUAGGUAACAAAAUGUUCGAUUUCUUGUGUAGUUGAUGAACAAGUUAUGCUUUUGAGAGUCUCAUAAGGACCCGUACAUUUUUCGGGGUUCAGAUUUCAAAGUCGGAAUAAUAUUAUACUUGUAAUUGUUUUAAAAGUAUAUUAUUAAUAGGGUUAAGUUUUGUAA